ACCAUGCGAAAAGCUCAAUUAUUUUCUUCCGUGUUCCUCAAUAAAGUGAGAAAAUAUAUUUACCUUAGCUAGCAGAUUAUGUAUACUAUCAGAUGCGUUUAGCUAUGUUCAUGUAUUCUUUUAACGUACAGUGCAGGAAAUUGUUUGAAGACAGGUGUGCCCCAAAUUUAAAUUCCAUUGUUCAUCUCAUUAGGUGGUUCUGAUGUCUGCAGAUUGAACUUUUAACUUAGCUAGCUAACCAGUUGUUUCCUCGUAUAUGUUUACCUAGCUAGCUAACAACGGUUACUAGUUAGCUUGCAGGAUAGCACUCAAAACGGAGAUCUCCAGAGAUGUGAGUGAAAUGGACGGUGAAUGUGCAGAAUUGCUGCCUCUUGUGUGCGCGCUUCUAGCUAACCCGAAAUACACUCUGUCAGAUGACACGUGCUUAGAAAAACUUCUUGACUGGUUUACAAAAUUAACAGAAACUGAAUCAUUACAGGAGGUUAACUCCUGUCUGGUUGGAUUCGUAUCCAAUACAUGUAAAUCCAGGACAGCAGAUCCCAGCAUUAUUUCCUUCGCUCUCAAGCUUUGUGGAUUGUUAGCUUCCACAGAAGUUGGCUUUGAGGUCUUACAGCAACAGAAUGUUCUGGAAGAUGCCUUUGAAUACAAGGGGUGGAGUGAGUCAAGUCUCUGGGAAGAUGCCACAGUGCGCAGUGGAUGGAUUCAUGGGUUGGAAAACAUGAUAAAGCAUCAGAAGGCUAUGCUUUUUCUGUUUAAAAAUGGGCUGACUAAAGUGACCCUGAAUUUACAAACAGACAAAAGUCUCUUUGUGGCUUCAGCAGCAAACAAGCUUUUAGCCCACAUUUUAAACUUUGGUGAGGUAACAGCCAUGUGCCCAAAGGGUAACAAGACGGAGCUGAGCGGGGUGCACAAAGACGGGAUUGGACGACAGUGUCCAGAAUGGACUGAUGGGAUUAUGGAGAUCAUGAGGCAUUUGGAGGACUCACUGAUGUCAGGGGUCCCCUUCCAGACGGAUCAGUCCCUGAAGCUUGUGGCCCUGAGUUUAGGCCACUGUCAGCCACAUGUCAGGGAGAUGCUGUGGCAGAGAACCGAAGGGGCCAUUGAAGUGCUGUUGGGAAAUGGCCAGAGCUCUUUGACAAAGCUGUUUAUGGAAGUUUUGCAAGCUGCUGCAAGGACUCCUUUAUUCAGUAAGACUGACUCGAACAUUGUGCCAUUGAUGGAAACUAUGCUUUACACUCUAAAACCAACACAGGCAAUUCCAUUCGCCAUGGGGAUAAUCCAUCUGGAAUAUUGCCCACAAAGUUUAAAGAGGAGGGCUAUUGGGGUCAUUCUCCAACCCCUACAGUUUGUGACAGCUUCAACUGAUCAGCAGCGGUUGUGUUCAGAUAUGGCCGAAGAGAAUGGCUGCCAGCAUUCUGCCCUCGAGGAGCAGCUAUCCCAGAAGACAUCUUGUCUCUCGCUCCUUUGUCUUUCAUUGUCCAGCACAGAAGAGCUGGCAGGCAUGGAUUCCCUUCCCAUGGACAUUCCAGUGCAAUCAUUGAUCCAGUCAGUAAUCAUAGUGUUGAAGGUGUGUGUGGGAAUGUCGUUUUCCUCCUCACCAAGCAACAGUGUCCUCAGGAAUCUGAUUGGCUGCUCCAGAGUUCAGAAGUGUGCACUGGAUACUCUAGCAAGUCUUAGUCAAUUCCAAGACAGCAUUGUGUACAUGAGCGAGGUUUUCACUCUUAUUCUGCAGUAUCUGGACAGUCCUGACUCUGACGCAACUGUCCUCCAGAAAGCCUUCCAAGUGAUUUUGAAGUGGUUAUGUAAGGGUUUGGGGGCACUUCCGCAAGAUCUCUUCCCCGUACUGAAGAAGCGGCUUUGUGAUGUGCGGUGGGAAGUCAGGGAUUCCUCCCUUGAGUUUCUCACUCAGCUCACCUCACACUUUCGAGAGACCCCCAGCUACUGUGAGACCCUUUUAAGCAGUGGGGUCCUUGACCUCUUGAUGACCUUGCUGAAGGACCCUGAGAGCUACGUGCGUGCAAGUGUCAUCCUUGCACUGGGACAGACUGCCCGCCUUCCCAGUAAAGAUAAUGUCCCCAGAUCUGGCCAUGUUGUGCAGGAGGACCUGGUGAUGCAUUUUAUGGAUGUUUUGGCUCAGGACACUGAGGUGUUUGCUAGAAGAGCAGUGGUCAGGGUCUUGACCAUGUGGCUGGCAUGUCCAAUUCCUGCAGGGGACUUAGAAAUACCUCUGAGCACUGUGUUAGAACUGGGCUCUGAAGACUUGGACUGGGAAGUGAAGGUGCAUACACUGGAGCUGGCACAGAUCCUGAUAGAUCAGACCCUGGCACAGUCUGGUCAGUCCACAUGUCCGUAUGCUGUAGUUCCUGCUGCACGCCUCAGUGGGACAAACCUCACAGAAUCCCUGCGCAAGCUGCAGGACCUCAAAAUCUUUGGCGUUCUCUUUAAGGGGUUGUUUGAUUGUGAUAGACCAGUAGCGCAGAAGGCCUGCUCUCUUCUCCUGUCCCUGAAAAGACUGACUGCUAGAAACUCUGGCCUGGCGGACAGCACUGUGGUCUGUGACCUGCAGGGACAGACAUGGGUUGAAGAUGCAUUGAAGAAGCACCUUGAAAAGCAUGUGGCUGGUACAGAUUGGCAGAAACCGAUGGGCUUUGUCGAGGUGCUGUCAGUGUUAGAUCUGGAGAACAUGCAGUGCACCUUAGGGCAGAGCAGUGAUCAUCUGGAGAACAGUCCCCGCUCCCUCAUGGAGGACAUUCUCGCUGCGUCCCACGUAUCAGAAGACAAUAUCGUGGACUGCUACUAAGUUUCAAUACAAUAUACAGUGUCAAUACAGCAUCACAUUGUUCAUUGUUCAUUGUACGUAAU